CACCAUCAGGGCCACUCCAAUUUUACUGAAAUUUCAAGGAAAGAGUAAUGAAACAAAUGCUUUUUUUAGUGUAACGCUGAACACAAUAAAUGAGGCCUCUCCCUACUUAGUAGACUUUUCCAUAGUAAUUGAGACUUGUGUGUGGACCACUCAGUCACUGGUUUGUUUUCAAAAUAAGCAAUAAUACCUCUGCAAAUCUCUUCUCUAAAUACUGCGUUUUCUUUCUUGUGCCUUAUUCACUAUUCUUCAUCGUCAUUCCCUAGCUUCAACAUACUUGCUUUGUCAAUAUGGCUGCUGAACUGGUUGCUGGUGCUUUGCUCUCUGCUUCGCUUCAGGUUCUGUUUGAGCGGCUGACCUCUGUGGAGAUACCCCAGCUGUUUCAAGGAAAGAAACCCAUUCUCAAGUUGCUAGACCGGCUGAACACUAGGCUGUUAUCAGCUAAAGAGCUGCUCAAUGAUGCUGAGGAGAAGCAACUUGGAAAUGAGAGUGUGAAGAAGUGGCUUUUCAAGCUUCAAGAUGUCAUCUAUGAAGCCGGUGACUUGGUGGAUAGGAUUGACUGUGAAGCUCUGCUAUCCAAGCUUGGAGAUGAUCAAUCCUGCAGCAGCGCAAGCAAGGUAUUUCACCAACUGAAAUCUAUGUCACCUUUCUUGUCCACAUUUGAUAAAACUGUACAAUGUGAUGCCACUGAGAUCCUUCUUAAGCUAGAUGAUCUUCUUGAUCAAAAGGAUGCUCUUGGCCUUAGAGAAGGUCCUCAAAACAAACCUUUGCAAAGGCCACCUGCUCCUUUAGUAGAACAAUCUGAUGUUUAUGGGAGGGAUGGUGAGAAGAAAGUGAUUGUUGAACAGUUGCUAAAAGAUGAUGUUGAGGGUGGUCAUAGGAUUUCUGUCAUCCCAAUUUUCGGGAUGGGUGGUGUUGGCAAAACAACUCUAGCUCAGCUUGUUUAUGAUGAUGAUCGAGUGCAGAAACAUUUUGAACUAAAAGUGUGGGUUACUGUGUCAGAUGAGUUUGAUAUUUCGAAGAUAACAAAAGAAAUAUUUGAGGGAGUCACUUCCAACAAAUGUGAUAUCGAGAACUCUGAUGAACUUCGAAGAAAAUUGAAGGAAGCAUUGCAUGGGAAGAAAUUUCUGUUUGUUCAUGAUGAUGUUUGGAAUGAGUCUUAUUCUCUGUGGGACACUUUAAAGAGUUGUUUUAACUCUGGAGCACAAGGAAGUAAAAUUAUUGUGACUACCCGAAGCACAACUGUCGCCUCUACUAUGGCCACCGGGCAGAUUCAUCAUCUACAAACAUUGUUGGAUGAAGAUUGUUGGCAAUUAUUCGUCAAACAUGCUUUUGGAAAUAGCUUUGAUCUCAAUGACUACCAAAAUCUGCAAGUAAUUGGCAGGAAAAUAGUGGCCAAGUGCAAAGGUCUUCCUUUGGCAAUAAAAUCUCUUGGUGGACUAUUGCGCUCAGAACGAAAUUCUGAAAAGUGGGAAGACGUACUUAAUAGCCAUACGUGGGAGGAGUUGUACAAAAAGGAAGGUUCCAUUCUACCAGCUUUGUGGUUAAGCUAUCGUCACUUACCUGCACAUCUCAAGCAAUGCUUUGCAUAUUGCUCCAUAUUUCCCAAAGAUUAUCAUUUUGAAAGAGAAAAAUUGAUUUUGUUGUGGAUGGCAGAAGGAUUUUUGCAAUUCGAAAAAAGACAUAAAAAGAUGGAACAUCUUGGAGAGGAAUACCUCUGUGAUCUUUUAUCAAGGUCAUUCUUUCAACAGUCAAGUAAGAAUAAAUCCUUUCUCCAAAUGCAUGACCUCGUACAUGAUCUAGCCAUGCUUGUAUCAGAUGAUUUUUGUUUCAGGUUAGAUUUGAGUAAUGAUGUACAUGGCCUGUCAACAAAGAUUCGUCAUUUGUCAUAUAGGACAGGAACCUAUGAUCUCAACACGCUUGAGUGUUUGAGUAAAGCAAAUUGUUUGCGUACCUUUCUAGCAGUACCAUUCGAGUGGCAUCAUACAACAUUUAUUUCAUACGAUAUGUUGUUUACAACUGGAAGUUGUUUAAGAGUUCUGUCUUUGAAUCAAUCUUCUAUCAAGGUGAUACCUGAUUCAAUCGGCAAUCUAAAGCAUUUAAGGUAUUUGGACUUGUCUAACACUGAAAUUGAAGAGCUACCUGAUUCAAUUUGUUCUCUGUACAAUUUACAAACUCUGUUACUUUCAAAAUGUAGAGAUCUUUGUCAAUUACCAAAGGAUAUGGGAAGCUUAAUCAACUUGCGAUAUCUAGAAAUUGAUGGUACACCUUUGAAAGAGUUACCACAAGAAAUUAGUAAUAUGAAACACUUGUAUUUCUUAUCCAAUAUGGUUUUGAGUGAUAGAAAUAGUGCAGGCUGCAAAAUGAAAAAGGUGGGGAAGCUUGACAAUUUGCGUUGCAUUUCGGGGUUGGAAAAUGUUGUCAAUGCAAGAGAAGCUUCACAAGCCAAUUUGAAGGAAAAGAAGGGCCUUUCAAAACUGAGUUUGAGCUGGAAUGAUAAUGCUGGUGUGGCUGAUAGUUCCCAAAAAGAAAAGAACAUACUUGAUGUACUUCGACCCCAUACAAACUUGGAACAUCUUGAGAUCGAAAGAUACAGAGGUACAACAUUCUCAGACUGGGUUGGAGACUCUGCAUUUUCCAAUUUAGUAUCAGUCAGCUUAGUGGAUUGUAAAAAUUGUUGUGUUUUACCACCACUUGGACAACUAGUCUUUCUCAAAAAUCUGCUCAUCUGUAGAUGUGAUAGUGUGAUCUCAAUAGGUGAUGAGAUUCCUCAUCACAAGGGUCCUCUAUUCUGUUGUCUUGAAGAGUUGAGGAUUUACAAUAUGUUGGAGUGGAAAGAUUGGUCCUUUAGCAGUGAAGUUGUUAUGCAAGAAGGUCAACUAUUCCCUCUUCUUAAAAAACUAUCACUGUCUUGUUGUCCCAAGCUUAGUGUUGGCUUACCUGCUUGUCUACCAUCCUUGGAACUUGUCAAUAUCAAUAGUUGUGAAAAAAUGGUGACUUUGCUCCCAAGAACUCAACAUAUCUUUGAAGCCCCUCCCUCUCUGGUCUCUCUCUCUAUUACCAAUUGUCCAGUAUUGGAAUCCCUUCUUGAUUGGGGACCAAACUCGAAAGUAAAGAGGCUUGUAUUAGGGCAAACAAAAACGCUUUUUGAGAAUCGCAAGCAGUGGGAUCUGCAUAGACUGUCAUGUUUAGAAUCCUUUUCUAUCAGUUGGUUCGAAGAUGAAUCCUUUCCCAACGCGGGGCUCCUUCCAACCACUUUGACUGCUCUUGAGAUUUGGUAUGCUAGCAACCUUGAAACCCUAAACGGCAAGGCCCUUCAACAACUCACCUCGCUUACAAAAUUGUCUAUUUAUAAUUGCCAAAGCCUCCGGUGCUUGCCGGAAGAAGGGUUGCCCAUUUCUCUUUCUCAUGUGAAGAUAUGGAAUUGUGAACAAAUGGUGGUUUUGCUCCCGAGAACCCAACAGAACGCCACCGGCCUUCCCUCUCUUGUCUUUCUCUCGAUUAAAGAGUGUCCGGUGUUGGAAUCGCUUCUGGAUUGGGGGUCACACCCAAAACUUAAGAGGCUUGCAUUAGAGAAUUGCGCAACACUUUUUGAGAAUCGUAAGCAAUGGGGUCUGCAUCGACUCUCCUGUUUAGAAAUGGUGAGAAUCUCUCGAUGGGAAGAUGAUUCUUUUCCUGACGAGGGAUUCUUUCCGACCACUCUGAAUACACUUCAGAUUUUUGAUAGUUGCAACCUUGAAACCCUAAACGGCAAUGCCCUUCAACAACUUACCUCUCUUGCAGCCAUGGAGAUUGACAAGUGUGGAAAGCUGCGGUGCUUGCCAGAACAAGGGCUGCCCACUUCCCUUUCAUCAUUACACAUCAAUGGAUGUCCUUUACUAAAGCAACGCUGUGAGAAAGGAGGUGAAGAUUGGCCUAAGAUUCAGCACAUCGAUCGUGUGGUGGUGGAUUAUAAACGUAUCAGUUAGAUGCCCCAAUGAUCUAAAGCUAUGGCUCUUGUGAUAGAUAUCAUGUAUUUGUGACUGAUGUGACUACUGUGAUUGCAUUUGCCUUUGCCUUUGCUUGAGAAGUGACUCAGUGUAGACUACUGUGGCAAUUUGGAUGGUAUGAGCUAUGUUGUCAUAUUGAUUGUAUUUGCUUGAGAAGUGAAGCUUUAAAAUCUAUGAAGAAAACCCAAGAACAUGAAGAUAUGUUGACAUUGAUACAAAUGCCAAUGCAAUUAUGCUUGUUGGGAAUGAAUCGUCAAGAUUUUGGCAUUUCAAAAGAUAUUGCAACCGAAGCCAACGAAGUUCUAACAGUGACAAGGAACCUGGAUUUGAAAGUGAGAAAGCUGGAAAACCACUGAAAUAGGUGGCUGCAUAUGAUAUGAUGAAAUCAUAAUGGCAGUUUGUUGGAGGCUCGAACGAUGUGCAAACCAGGUGCUCCUCAGCCUGAAGUUGCAGAAGGUAUCGGUCUUAAAGAAGCACUGAGUUGGUUACAGCAGCAGCCGUAUAGGAAGGUGGUACUCGAAACUGAUUGUUUGGUGUUGGUUCAAGCAAUUCGUCAUUGCUUGACUGCUGGCAGUGCACCACUGCUCUCUUAUUUCGGAAGGCUUGUUGAGGAUUGUAAGAAUUUGAUGUUGACUCUUCCUUUAGUUUCCUUGCGUUUUAUAAAACGAUCUGCCAAUAGGGUCGCUCAUUGUUUAGCAAGAGCGUCUUAUUUUAUCUCUGAUCGUAUGUUUUAUGGGAGUGAUAUUCCUAGUGUUGUUAAGGAUGCUUUGUUAUUUGAUCUGGUUUAAUAAAGCUUUUACCUUAUUCAAAAAAAAAAAAAAAAUUAAAGAACUACCUGAAUCAGUUUGUACUUUGUACAAUUUACAGACUUUAUUGUUAUUGGGGUGUGCAAGGCUUUGUCAAUUACCAAAGAAGAUGGGAAGCUUAAUCAACUUGCGAUAUCUAGAGAUCGGUGGUGUAUGUCUGAAGGAGUUUCCCCAAGAAAUUGGUAAUAUGAAGCACUUGUAUAUUUUAUCCGAUGUUGUUUUGAGCGAUGGAAAUAGUGGAGGAUUUAAAAUGAAAAAGGUAGCAGAGCUUGAGAAUUUACGGUGCAUUUCGGGGUUGGAAAAUAUUAGCGAUGCAAGAGAAGCUUUAGAGGCUAAUUUGAAGGCUAAGAAAGGUCUUUCAAAAUUGACUUUGAGCUGGAAUGGUAAUGCUGGCGUGGCUGAUAGUUCGCAAAAAGAAAAGGAUAUACUUGAUGCACUUGAACCCCAUGCAAACUUGGAGCAUCUUGGUAUUGAAAAUUACAGAGGUACAACAUUGUAGACUCUGCAUUUGUUAAUUUAGUAUCAAUCUGCAUUGUCAAUUGUAAGAAUUGUUGUAUUUUACCCCCACUUGGACAGCUAGCGUGUCUCAAAAAUCUUAAAAUUGAAGGAUGUGAUAGCGUGAUCUCAAUAGGUGAUGAGAUUCCGCUAUUUAGUUGUCUAGAAACGCUAGAGAUCUACGAUAUGUUGGAGUGGAAAGAUUGGUCAUUUAGUAUUGAAGCCAUGCAGCAAGGUCAAAUAUUCCCUCUUCUUAAAAGACUUAGUCUGUCUAACUGUCCAAAGCUUAAUGUUGCCUUACCUGGUUAUCUUCCAUCCUUGUGUUAUGUCGAUAUAAUUCGUUGUGAACAAAUGGUGGUUUGGCUCCCGAGAACUCAACAGACUGUCACAACCCAUCUCUCUCGUGUAUAUGUAUGUAUAGACAAUUGGCCAUUGUUGGAAUCUCUUCUACACUGGGGAUCACACUUGAAAGUAAGGAGUCUUCAAUUGGAGUAUUCUAAAAGGCUCUUUGAGAACCAUAGGCUAUGGGAUCUGCAUAGACUCCUAUUUAGUAGACUUAACUAUCACAGGUUGGGAAGAUGAUUCCUUUCCCGACAUGGGGCUCCUUCCGACCACUCUGAUUCUUCUUAACAUUACGAGUUGUACUAACCUUGAAACCCUAAACGGCAAGGCCUUUCAACAACUUACCUCCCUUAAAUAUUUGUACAUUCAACAUUGUAGAAGGCUGCGGUGCUUGCCAGAAGAAGGGCUGCCCACUUCACUUUCUCGUUUGAUGAUCAAUGGAUGUCCUUUGGUAAAGCAACACUGUGAGAAAGAAGGAGAAGAUUGGCCUAAGAUUCAGCACAUAACUGAAGUGCAAUUGGUUGAAUGAAGAACGUAUCAAUAAAAUGCUGCAAUGAUCUGUCUAGAUCGAUUGCCUUUGCUUAAGAACUGAAGCUUUAAAAUCAAUGAAGAACCCAAGAACAUAAAGAAAUGCCAGAUUGAUACAAUGACCAAUGCAGUGUUGCUUUCUGGGAGUGAAUUAUCAAGGUAAUUAGUCUUUUUGAUAAUUUAUAUGUCAGUUCAUAAUUAUACAAAUCUGAUAUUUCUUUCGUAAUUACAGUCUUGAAAACAGAUGCUGUGGCUUUAUCUGCAUAAGGACUUAUGUACUAUGGAAGUUGAUGAGGUACAUCUAUCUGAAAAGAGCAUCAUAAACAUAAAAGAAAUGCAACAGGGAUACAAGUACCCCUUGGAUGAUGCUUACUUGGAAGAACUCAACAAAGAAGGGAUCAUCAGCACAUGGACAAGAAGCAGAAGUAGUGGCGGAAAAGACACAAAGAAACAUCCUUCUUGAAUGAAUAUGCCAUGAAUUGUCAAGGAGUUCUGAACUGAAAACGUUGUUCUGGUAAUACAAUUCAAAGAAAAAGACAGAAUAUCCUCAAAUGAAUACCUCUCAAUCAAAUCAGCCCUUGCUUUGGAUAAAAAAUUGAAGUUCUGUUUUAAUAUCUGUAGGAACAAGAAGCUUCUGGAAUUGGCAUUUCUUCUUGUACUGUGGAAGCUUGCUUAAAUCUUCAUUCGCUUUGCUGCUUAAAUCCUUAGUGGCGUGAAUGCCUCUUAGUUUGAUGCUUUGUUUCCUCUAAUUUUCAAUCAUUGAAGUUUUUAUGUGUCCCUCACAGUUGAUCAAGGACCAUUGAGAUUUGUUGUUAUUGAGUUAAAUAGUUGGCUAUGAGGUUUGUAUAUAAUGUUCAAUGAAGUCUCAUUUCAUUAAUGCUAAAUUUUCUAUAAUUUCAAAUGA